AAAGGCUGGAGAGAGAGCUGAUCUCAGCUAGUCUGACAGUCUCUCUCUCUCUCUCUCUCUCGCUCUCACUCUCACUCUUUCCUCCCUCCUCCACGCUCUCUCUCUGUCUCUCUUUCUCUCUCUCUUCUCUUUCUCUCUGGUCCUUUAAGCCUGCUGCAUCACAGGAGCUAUCCAGUGCUGAACCAAAUAUUUUAAUUGUAUUUUUUGGAAAGCUGGGGGUGCCAUAGAGAAACACACAGCAUUGUCAUCUGACUUGUUCUCCACUGAUUUCCAUUUUCAUUCCUUCUAUUAUGUCUUUUAGAGGUUGCAUUUUCCUUUAACACAAGGAUUACUUCUACUGACAGCCGGCUCCAGCUCUGCCUGUUUGCUGAUUUCUUUGGGGGUAUUAUCUUUUCUCUUCAUGUGUGAUUCUCAGUUCUGUGUGUUUUUUAUUCUUUGAAACAUGCCCCGUUCGUUUUUGGUGAAGAAAAUCAAGCUUGAUGAUUUCUCUAAUCACCAUCACCACCUGGACGACUCGUUCACUCCUUUCACACGCUCCAUCACUGACUCUGUGACCAGCUUGGGCGUUCGUCUCAGUGAGAAUGGCUACAUCCAGGAUUACAUCACACCAUCUGUAUAUCAGGGGGAGACGAAGAUGGAGCUCAAGAUGGCGUUGCCCGUCUCUGACCCUCUGUACACCCAGGUGAGCAGCAGGGGUGAGGAGUACUGUGACCCUGACCUGGAGCACCCUGACAGCCCCCAGUCCGGCAUGACGGCCAGCGGAUUCUACAGUGGUGAGGCGGAGGCCCUGACCGAGGGCUACACCAUGGAUGCCUUCUUCAUCUCCGACGGGCGCUCACGGCGGAAGGGAGACGGUGAUGGCCGUAAGGGUGGUCGUUCUGGUGCUUCCAAUGCUGAUGCCACAGAGGAGAGGGAGGCAGGGGCCACCGGGACAGCCCGUCACACUUGCAACGAGUGCGGCAAGACGUAUGCCACCUCGUCCAAUCUCAGCAGGCACAAACAGACACACCGUAGCCUGGAUAGCAAGAUGGCGCGCCAGUGUCCCACCUGCGACAAAGUGUAUGUGUCCAUGCCAGCACUGGCCAUGCACAUCCUCACCCACAACCUAAAGCACAAGUGUGACGUGUGCAACAAGGCUUUCAGCCGGCCCUGGCUCCUGCAGGGCCACAUGCGCUCGCACACCGGGGAGAAACCGUUCGCCUGCGCCCACUGCGGCAAAGCCUUUGCUGACCGCUCAAACCUCCGCGCCCACAUGCAAACCCACUCUGCCUUCAAGCACUACCGAUGCAAGCGCUGCAAUAAGACCUUCGCCCUCAAGUCCUACCUGAACAAGCACUAUGAAUCAGCCUGCUUCAAGGGUUCCGGGGACGAAGAUGAUGACGAGUCCUGCUCUGAGAACUAGUUGCCGGAACCAGAAGGACGGAAGCAGAAUUUGGAAUCUUAUACUGUAGGUUCUACAACCAAUAACCCCCUUCACUCUGCCCUCCAUGCCUUUUUCUUCCUUUUUUAGAAAGCAAUAUUUUCACUGAGAUUACGUGAAGAAAACUGUUAUGAUUAUGGCAAAGACAAUUUCAAAAGAUGCUGGACCCCCCCCCCCCCCCCCACCCCACCCCGCACAGUAGCUAAUCAUCCACAGAUACUUACAAUCAAAACAACAAUUCUCCAAAUAAAUACUCUAGUUUUUAGCUCACACACAAACACACACACACCCAUAUGCACACACGCUCACACAAUUAUAUAUGAGGCCUGGCAUGUGAUUUUUUUAAUCAAUGACUAUAAUGAUAUUGAUAUCAAUAGUAAUACUAUUUAGAUUCCUGAUAUUUUAUAGAAAAUAGUACAGGGAAAAUGAAGAAGAAGAAGAAAACAUAAAAAAGGACUGUAACAGUUUUCUUUUGUUUUUUAGAGACAAAAAUGACCUCUUGUAUUUUUAUGCUGCUUUUUAUUUGCUAAGAAUUGAAUUCUUUUGCAACUGCCAACAUUCACUUUUUAUGAAAAUGAGUACUAUGACAGUAUUUGCAUAAAAGGGAAAUCAUUUUAAAGUUUAAAAAGUACCCUUUUUGUCACACAUAUGUUUUUAAUUCAAUGGGUGUUAUUUUUCUAUUGUCCGACUGAAUUUGUUAUACAUUUUGGUGCCAAUUCCUCCUUGAUUUUUGAAAGCAAAGCAUCUUUGUAACUGUGGGUAUUCAGAAAACUUCCAGCAAAACUCAUUGAACAAACCUAAAGGCAAACUACAUCAGCUGAGUACAAUAGGAUCAUGAACCAGGGUCAUUGUCAGUUCCAUCAGAGAAGUUGUUUUGAGUUCUUAUGGAGACCUGUUGAACAGGUUGUGGAAUCACAAGACACCGGCGGCACUCAAAGUACACUCUCUUCAUCAUACUGGUAACUACAGUUUAACAAUAACAACACUGGGAGACAAACCAAAUGUACCGAUCUGUUGUUAUAGGUGCCAUGUGCAUUGUGCAGUAACCUGUCUAUAGCAAUGGAAACCAUCCCUGUUCUUCCUCCACCACGGUGGCUUGCAUGAACUUUGCCACUCUGUGGUGUUUCCCUCAGUCGUAAUAAGCAAUGUUCAUUACACUCUCUGAGGUGCUCUCCCUCUUCUUUUACUGGUAUUACCUCAAAAAGGAAAAUAUAUGAGCUCAUGACAUGCACCCUCAGUUACAAAGGAAUGUUUUUAUUUUAUUUUAUAUAUGUUGCUGAAAGCUCUUUCUACCAUUAGAUGUAUAGCAUCCUACUACCUUGUAAAUUGUGUAUUUAUUGAUCUAUUUAUGUAAGUAUUUAUUUGUCAAUUUAUUAAUGUAUUUGUUAUUCAUAUGUUUCUAAAUGUAUUCAUCUAUUAAUUUAUUAAUUUAUGCCAUUACAGUACUUGUCUAUUCACGUGUUGAAAUAUGACUUUCCAUUGACCUUGUAAGAUGCUGCUGAUCUUCAAAGAAAAUGUGUAUAUGCAUGAAACUGUAGAGAGUCCAUGGGACUUAGUUUUUUAAAGAGGAACAAUGACUAGUAUCAGCCAUAACUUCAAACAAAUGAUGAAUGCAGAUUAUAUUUGUUUCACAGCAAUAAUAACUUCACUGGUACAGCAAUUGACAUGUAUAAUAAUAAUCAAAACUGUCCUGUUUGCAGUCGAUUUAGGGCAAUAAAAUGAAACAGAUGAAGAAGAAAUGUUAAUAAAUCCUCCAUAUUGUUGUUUCCCAAAGGUAGAGUCCACCCAACUGCCUCCCUCCACAUAUUGGCUGAAGAUUGACCCUUGAAGGGUUGAUGAUCAUGCCAUGCAAUGCUGUCCAAAGAUAGCAAACCUUACUAUCAUGCUUUAUUAGAAAACCAAUGAAAUCUAACAUUUUCCACAUAGAACAUCAAACACUUCCUUAUUCAACCUUCUGAAUAAGAUAGGGGGAAUCAGUUAUUUUCAAACAGAUACACAUUCUAUUCUACCAGCUGGCUUGUCUUCCACAACUCACAUAUCUGUAUUCCAGAAUCCUGACAGGUUGAGUUAGUUGGAAGGAGGACUGAGGGGCCCCAAUCAUCAUGCCAGAGGAGAUAAUGGCAAUGGGAAGGCUUGUUUCCCAGGUGGAUUAGCCAGGCUGUAAUAAUAGCAAUGCAGUAAUUAUAAAACAGUGUCGACAGCAAUUGCUCUCCCGAUUACCCUGCCAGAGCUUUGCUGCAAGCCAUUAAAGCCCUGUAAAAGGGAAAAGUUGGGAAUCAAGAGAUUGGCAGAUUUAUCUGUAAGACAGUGUUUUCCUUAUAAUGUACACUAAGAGAGCUUUGGAAAGGUUUAUGUAGCCUGGUUUAACAGUGAAAGGGGAAUAUGCACUGAAAAGACCUUAGAAGUUAAAGGAAAAUGUGAAUCUUUUCCAAAACCUCCGACAAUAUAUAGGAAACAGUAAUUGCACAAGAAAUUAAAACAACACUUCCCAUAACAGAAAAUUGCCACUUGGUUGGAAGGCUGAAAACAACCGGUGUUAGUCAGUGUGGUACAGACUGCUUUCCAUUUAGGACAUCUGUCAUGAUAGGGAUUUUGUUUUACAGUCACAGUUGCUUCCAAAAUGAAUCUGUUUGGCAGAUUGCUCUAUGUUGAAUCCAUGUGUUUUUUAGGAUUAGAGGUUUGAAAUUAUGGGGUGUCUAUCGGCAAGAUAAUGAUAUCUAUGAAAAAUAUGUCAUUAUAAUUAAUGUGUCAAUAAAAUUGAUGUUCUUCCAUCAAUUGACAAGAGAAGGCUUUAUACAAAAUCCUUUAUUCAUGUAAAUCUCGUCAUGACACAUGAUGUUAUUGUUGUAAAAUAAUAAUACACCAUCCUCUCCCUCUCUAACUGGUUUUGAUGAGAUGUGUGGUGUAGUGGUGUGUGAGAUGGUUCGACUGGGAUUGGUAGAGGCUGUGGCGUGUGGGAGGAUAACAGGUGUUUGCAGACAGACUGCAGAUAGGGAGAGUAAUUGAGUUGGUGAGCGACCUCCAAGGGGAAGGUCGAGCACCAGCAGACAAAUGCACUGUCAGCUAUUUGCAUAUUCCAAAUGGAUGACACAAUCACAGUAGUGGUGAGUUCUCCUUUAAAAACCUGUAGGGAAUAAAUUGAUUCUGCCUGCUUUCGUUCCAUCCUUCUCUUCUGUUGUACCACUACCACUCCCCCAUACAAUGACUCCAGCCUCUAUAUUAACCUCUUUCAUUCUAAAUAUGUAGUCUUGGUUCAUGAUAGGCUUGGUGAACAUACUGGACUCAUUGUGAAAAAUAUCCCUGUCUUCAAAACAACUUGUGGAAUAUUUGUGUAGCCUUUUGAGUUCAGAAGGAACUGGGUGUUUUUUCCAAAAAUGAUUUUGUAGCUUAUCCUCCUACUUGAUGGAGGGAUCCAUGUUUGUUCUGAGCAACAUGACAACCAAACUGUACUGUAUGUCCAAUACAGAUUUGGAUUUGAUUGCAAAAUCAAACUUAUAGGCUGAGUUUAAACAGGCAGCCCAAUUCUGAUCUUUUUUUCAAUAGCUCUGAAAAAGAGCUGAUGUGAAAAUAUCUGUUGUGAUUGGUCAAAAGACCAAUUUGUGGAAGAAAUAUCAGAAUUGGGCUGCCUGUGUAAACGCAGUCAUAUUGUCCCAAAAUGAAUAGAAACACUAAAUGCAGAAAAGUAAGUGAAAAUUUGUUCUCAAACGGUUGUUCUGAGUUUGAGAAGGGAAAACAUUGUUCCUCUUUGACGAUUUUGUAAAUAUAUUUGUAUAUACUGUAUAUCACAGCAAUAAUAUGACAAUGCAUGUGGACAUUUACUUGUUUGCUCUCUUUGCUUAUGUUGUCUUUUGUAAAGAAGACAAAUACAGGUACCAACUACAGUGUGAGUUGGAAUGUGAAUCAGGAAAAGUCCUAAUUAAAAGCUAUCUGUCAUAGGUUACUAACAACACUCCACUGCUCUGUGCACUCUGACUGGGAGAUUUGUCCAUGUUCUUAUUCUUUAAUAUUUAUUAAAAUGUUAUUGAUGUGCCCGGCUUGGCUGCGCAAUGAUGAAAAGUGCCAAAAAGUAUGAUUUCCAUAACAAAAGCCUUCAACAUAUGAUGGGUCGCUUGAAACCUUCCAUAUGUUCCUCAAAACAAUGAUUCAGUAUUACCACUUUAUUUCUCUCUUUUUUUUGUCUUUACUAUUUUCAGCGAAGUGUGAAGAAAUGUAAGCCAUGAUUUCUGAGGGGUGUUUUGGUUGAUUUUAUUCUGCUACAAUUAAUAAUGAUGAUAACAAUAAUGGUGAUAAAGAUAAUAAAAACA